GUCAGAUGCAAAGUUCAAUGGUGCCGGGUAUUACAAUUCUCAAUUACCCUUAGAGAGUAAUUUUCACGUGCUCCGGACAGGUCGUCGAUAUCUCGUACUCCACGUAACAACUGCGAUGGCAUCGGAAAAAAAUUGUGUCCCGUAUUCGCAGAGCGGUGAUAAAGAUCAGGAUGAGAAACUUCUUCAACCAUUCACUUACAUUCUCCAAGUCCCUGGUAAGCAGAUACGAGCAAAAUUGGCGCAUGCCAUGAACUAUUGGUUAAAAAUACCAAUUGAGAAGCUCCAGGCUGUGGGUGAUAUAACGCAGAUGCUGCACAAUUCCAGUUUACUAAUAGAUGAUAUUCAGGACAACUCCAUUCUGCGUCGGGGGAUUCCAGUUGCUCACUCCAUCUUCGGUGUUGCUAGCACAAUUAAUGCUGCUAAUUAUGUUUUAUUUAUAGCACUCGAGAGGGUACUGGCUCUUAAUCACUCUGAGGCGACUCAGGUGUAUACAGAACAACUCUUAGAAUUGCAUAGAGGGCAAGGAAUCGAAAUUUACUGGCGUGACAAUUAUAUCUGCCCGUCUGAAGCUGAGUACAGACAUAUGACGAUGAAAAAGACUGGAGGUUUAUUCAAUCUGGCCGUCAGGCUAAUGCAACUAUUUUCAGAGUGCAAGGAAGAUUUUUCAAUGCUUACUGGAAUUCUCGGACUCUAUUUCCAAAUCAGAGAUGAUUAUUGUAACCUCUGCAUGCAGGAGUACUCCGAGAAUAAAAGCUACUGCGAAGAUUUAUCCGAAGGGAAAUUCAGUUUUCCGAUAAUCCACGCAAUUCAGAGUAAACCAGAAGACAGGCAAGUGAUGAAUAUUUUGCGCCAAAGAACGAAGGACGUGGAGGUGAAGAAAUACUGCGUGACGCUGCUUGAAAAAUUCGGCUCAUUUGCAUACACUAGAACAGUUCUCGAGGAAUUGGACAGAAAAGCUCGCGACGAGGUGGAGAGAUUGGGUGGAAAUCCCUUGUUAGUUAAAGUGCUCGAUGAUUUACUUAAUUGGCGGCAGGACCAAGAGGUUGAAAUGCAACAGGUGGUCUCGUAAAAUAUUUUAUGAUCAUUAAGAAUGUGGGGGGAGUAAGUAAUUAAAUAAUCUAGUACUUAUAAAAUUGCCCUCGGGGAGACGAGAUGCCAGUUAGGGACACUUUGUGUGUCGUGCCAAUGAAAAAUUAUCAAUUGUUCUGUGACAAUAAUUGUAGGGGUCCAGAAAAUAUUUACCAAUUACGCUUCAAUUUGGGCUUGAUGUAGUUGAAACUCAUAUAUCGAUAAUGAAUGACGAAUUAUUUAGCGAAUUGAUGGAAUGAUGAGGUCAUUUGUUUUUAAUUAUUCUGUUCUCAUUAUUCCACACUCCAUUGACAACUCGCUGCCAUAAAAAUAAUAUCUUCGAUUUUAACCGAUAAAUAAUCUACAUCAUCGACAUAGGAAAUUCCAUAUCAAAGUCAUAGAUCUCACGAGUUUUAUUUUUGUUAAACGUUUUUUCUCCUUCAGUACAUAUACAACAAACAUAAUUUAAUAUAUGACGAUAGCGAAUAAAUCUUUGAUAGCAGUUUUACAUUAUAAUCAUUA